CACGUUUACAACGUGCUAUCAGCACGAGCCGACAGCCUCCGGAAGAAAUUACUCGGCGCGGACGGCAUCUUGCUCCUGAACCUCGGGUGCCGCAGCCAAUACAAACCCGCCAAGAAAACCACAAUCUUGAACGGCGUCACAGCGCCACGGCCGCGCACAUGCACAUCACGACAAAUACGCUGGUCGCCCGUGGGUCCCGCCAGCUCAGCAGCCCGUGUAACCUCUCCCCCUGCGUCGCCACAUCACCCACCACCGUCUGUAUCCUCCCGGCCACGCUCCUCAGCCGGUCGUAUCUCAUCCGAACCACAUCCUGAGCUUUGGAAGUCGGGAACGUGUCGAACUCCUCGUCCAGCUCGUCCGCGUGGGCCGCCUCGGCCCACGACAGCUUCGGGUCCAUGUGGGGCGGAGGAAAACCGUCGGGAGUAUAAGCUCCGGGUAGCAGACAAGGAUCGAGAAGAGGAUGUGGACGAUCGUGAUCGGAUUUUUCCACGCGCAAACCUCCGAAGCCCACUUGCCGGCAGAGAUGAGGCCCGAAAAAAGCGACACGACCCGGAAAAAAUUCGCCUUGCUCCGCCUCAUGCUCCACAUGUGCGAGUCCACGUCGAGCAUAUACUCGACAACCUCUCUCCUCAGCGGGGGCUCGGCCCGGCCCAAUCUCGACGCCACAAUGUUCAUCGCCUGGUAACGCAAGCUAUCCAGCUGGCUAACCGUGAACGGGUGCACGUAGUGCAUUUUCGGCAGCAAAGGGCGGCUGUACAUGUAAACCAUGUGGGCCAACGAGAGGCACGUGAAACGGAAUGCGAGCUGGAGCUCGCCCGUCUUUUUCAGCCCGUUCGGCUGCAGCACGAGCAGCGGGUACGAGUGCGUGUAGAUUCGAUCCGUCUCGAUAGUCGAGAGCCUGAUCCUCACUUUCCCAAUCCUCGAGUCCUUAUCAGAGGAGUUCCCGUUUCCCAGGUGGCAAUUGUCGAAAACGCCCAUCGUGACAACCGUGCACGGGUCGUAAACCUCCCACGUGUACUGCUCGUUCCACCUCGGGCUCAGGCUCCCGACUAUCGUCCUCGUCCUCACCCAUUUCUGCCCGUAUUUCGCCACGCAGUAAGCAUCGGUAGACCCACGCCCCUCGUUAUUCUUCUUCAUCGUAACCAAACCCUGCGCACUCAAAAUCCCGAUUUCGAAAAUCCCGAUCGGCUGCUUCCACAGCUGCCGAGCAGUCGGCCUCUGGUCGCUAAUAUAAUAAGUCGACUCGUCCAAAACAUGAUACCCACCUUCGAGACAGACCCGCAAAUGUACCCGCGUCGAGAACUUCAUCUCAUUCCUCUUCUCCCCUUCCAACACCCCAAACCCAAACCUCUCCAAAUUAAACCACCGCGAGUCGACCGCCCGGUGAUCCAACCGCCGCUCGAAAACAGUCAACGGCAAAACGAGCCUCCCCGCCAGCUCAUCCUUUCUGCUCAUCUUAUUCUCCACGGUCAGCACGAGCUGCUCCUCGAAAGGCUCGGCCGCCACGAAAACGAGAUCCUCGUUCCAAAACGGGUUAACCGUCCGGGUCGGGCAGACCUUCGUUUUCAGCACCUGCUGCCCAAGUUGAGCCUUGACGAAGACCUGCGGCGGCUGGGACCGGUCCUCCGACUCCACGUCCUGCGCCUCGAUAACGUUCACCCGAAGGCAGCGUCCGAAUGCCACGCCUCGGGAAAGGCCUCGUCGGCUUGCGUCCCCAUCCACACGGCAAGCAUGAGCUCGCCCCUGGGCUUCGUCUCGCCGCGGAGCCAACGGGCUAUCGGGCGGGACCCGCAUGGGGACCUCGUGCAAAUCGAACACGACCCGACCCAUGUAAUCAUCGCGGCCGACCAUCUCCCUGUCGCGAACGAACACCUCGAGAACAGAGGAUUGGAUCUUUUCUUUGGAGAAGGCGAAGACUUGGUUCCACUCGGGGGUGGUUUUCUUUUCAAAGCGGUGAGUGCGGCCCUUGUAGUUGCCGAGCUUGACCUCGACGUAGGGGUCGCAGCUGGAGGUGACGGGGUUCGGGGGAAGGUCGCGGGCCCUGACGACACGAACGUAGAGGUAGUGCAUCUGCUCGACCAGGUCGUAGGUGCUGGCGGCGGGACGGUCGCCGGAGAGCCAGCCACCGCCGCCGCGGGGCCACCGCUCGCCCAGCUGGGGCUUCGUGUCCUUGAUUUUGUAGUCGUCGUUCGGCUUCUUGGGCUGGGAGGCCAUGGGUUGUUGGAUUAUUCAACUUUUAUUGGAAAAACAAACUUGAUGAUCUUGAAUGUUGAUAUG